AUGAAGGCCUCGUCGCAACGACGACGACUUCCCUUGGCAGAGCGCUGGAAAGAAGCUCAGCCCCCUGGCGCGCGAGUCCCUAAAUACCUGGAUGCAGCCCCGCCCAGGCACAGUCUCUGCCCACCGAUCUCCAACCUGUCCAAUCCGCGCUCUGCCAAGGGAAGUCGUCGUCGUUGCGACGAGGCCUUCAUCGCCGAGUUCUGGAGGCACGGAGGCCCCUUCUCUGCCCUGGACAGCUUGCACUCAAGCCGAGGGAUGGCCCAAGCCGCAUCCUGGAGCAGCAAGAAGAAGGCUGGGGUCAGCAGCGCCGCGCCCCUGGCUGAGGCCGCCCCCCAGUCGCUGCCCGCGACGUCGCAGAUGGGUCUGGCUCCCAGGGGCCAGGCGCGGGCUGGCGCCAAGGCUCCCCCGCCCGAGGGGAAGACAGGACGCGCGGUGGGGGCCGGGCUGCGGAACGUCGGGAACAGCUGCUACGUGAACGCCGCCCUGCAGUGUCUGACCUACACUCCGGCCCUGGCCAGCUGGGCGGCGUCCGGACUUCAUGGCGGCGCCCCCGGCCAGCGGGCCUGCUGCAGGGCGUGCGGCGUGCGGCAGCACAUCAGCCGGGCCCUGCGGCGCCCCGGGGAGGUCCUCGAGCCGUGCCCAUCGCUGCUGGCCGGAUUCCACAGGCAGCGGCAGGAAGACGCGCACGAAUUCCUCCUGUUCACGCUGGACGCCAUGCAGCAAGGCUGCCCGCAGGGUGGCGGGCGGGAGCCGGCCGACGUCGCGGGCAUCUUUGGAGGCCGCUGGCGGUCCCAGAUGCAGUGUCUGCGCUGCCUGGCCGUCUCCGACACCUUUGAGCCGUACCUGGACGUGGCGCUGGACGUGGGAGCAGCUCCGAGCGUGGCCCGAGCCCUGCGAGAGCUGGUGAAGCCCGAGAGACUGGAGGGGCCGGACGCCUACCUGUGCGGCACCUGCGGCCAGAAGUCGCCCGCCACCAAGACGCUGACCCUGCACGCGGCCUCGCGGGUCCUGAUGCUGGUGCUGAAGAGGUUCUGCCAGGACGGCGGCGGCGCCAAGCUGGCUGGCCACGUGCGCUACCCCGAGUGCCUGGACGUGGGCGGCUGCACGUCGGAGCGCCAGGAGGGGCCUCUCGUCUACGCGCUCUAUGCCGUCCUGGUGCACACCGGCUGGGACUCCCACAGCGGCCACUACCUGUGCUACGUCAGAGCGGCGGACGGCCAGUGGUACCAGAUGGACGACGCCAAGGUCAGCGCCUGCGACGUGUCCCGCGUCCUCAGCCAGCAGGCCUACGUCCUCUUCUACGCGCAGAAGGCCGAGUGGGAGAGAGGCGGCGGCGACUGGGGCUGGGCCGGGCCGGACGGGCCGGGCUGCGUGUCCUCGGGGAUCCCCGGGGAGCAUCCGGGCCGCCCUGACAGUGAGCGCGAGCCCUCGGCGUCCGGGCACCCCGAGUCUGGUGAGGACUCUUCUGGCCUCAGCCUGGACUGCUGGAGGCGGCUGCAGGAGCAGAGCCGGCCCAAGCCGCCACCCAACCUCAGGAAGACGGAGGCCACCCUGCCUGCCGACGCUGUGGUGAUCCACGGCUCCAGGUGCGGGCACGGGGCGCCCUGGGAGCAGCCUGCGCCCCAGAAAGCUGUCCCGGAAGCGUGUGCCACGGCCGCCAAGAGGAAGAGCAGGAAAGGCCAGAAAAGCCUGCGGGUCCUGCACAGCCUUCCGCUCCCACGGGGGCCCCGCCUCUGA